GAAGAAUUUGAACUAGGGUUCAAAAUAAGUAAUUAUGAGAGUGUAAGAUUACCCAAGCAUUGAACUGAAGAGAUCUAAGCGAAACAGGCCACAAUGACAUGCGCAAGCCAACCGCAUGUAUCAGAAGAGGCAAGUCGGUUGGAGACGGGCAGAUUCCAUUCGAUCUGGAUCUUGAAACGAAAUGGCAUUGUUAGUCUUAAUUGCUGGUUCGCUGGCUUUCACUUUCAUUGUGGUGAUGCUGAAGAAGCUUUUUGAUUUCCUUUUUAGAUCGCAUAACAGCUACGAUAUUCCUAGCCCGCCGGCCUACCCAAUUCUGAAGCAUUUGCCGUAUUUUUUGGACACAUUUAAUGAAGACAAAUUCCUAUUGAAAUGGAGCGAAAAUUUUAGAAAUGAUGGAAUUUUCAAGUUCAACCCAUUGCUAGGUGCAGAGAACAUAUGUGUUUUGAGGGAUGAGUUUCUCAAACAGGUUCUUGUCAAAAAUUGUACAAAAUACGGUAGGCCCGAAUUAAUUACUUGGGCCUUUCCAAAGAUGAAGAGAGGGCUGUUUAUGACAAAUGGUAAAGAACAUGCUUGGCAAAGAAAAAUGUUGAAUCCAGCAUUCUCAUUUUCGUCCUUAAUGUCAUUUGUUGAAGUGUUUGGUGCCAAUGCAGACAACUUAAUCAAGUGCUGGAAAAAUAAAGCUGAAGGAUCUCUAUCGGGGGUUGCAGAGGUAGACAUUCACAAGGAUUUCAGUAAACUGACUUUAGAUGUUAUUGGGGAAACUGCAUUUGGUUAUAAUUUCAAUACACUUACUACUGGAGAAAACGAAGUGAGCAAUUCUGUUGAGCUCAUCUUGUCAGGAAAAAUUAGCGUGAUGGCAAUAUUUUUGAGGAAAUACCUACCGUUCUAUGAUUUGAUUCCAUUUCCAGAAAAUGUCAAAUUGAAACAGGCUGCUGACAUAACAACUAAUGUAGUUACCGAGAUUAUCAAGAAAAAACGAGAAAUGUUAAGAAGUGGUGUGGAUCCCAAUGGUGACGUCUCUAAAGAUUUACUUGGUAAAAUGGUGUUGUUACAAGACGAGGAGACAGGCAAGACACUAUCAGAUGAAGUGAUUGAAGCUCAAGUUCACACUUUCAUGGUUGCUGGACAUGAAACAACAAGUGUUGGACUCACAUGGACAUUUUAUCUUCUGGCAAAACAUCCUGAUGUUCAAGAGAAGGCAAGAGAGGAGGCAAAAUCUGUCCUCGCUAGUUCAAAUGAGGUCCAAAGCGAGCAUCUUGAAAAACUUCGUUACAUCACUGCUGUUAUAAAUGAAUCUCUCAGAAUGUAUCCACCCGCUGCAUUCUUCAGAAGGGAAGUCCUGCAAGACGACCAGAUGGGGGUUUACCAAAUUCCAAAAGGUGCAGUUAUUGUUAUCCCUGUGCAGGCUCUGCAUCACACUGAGGAGAACUGGUCUAAACAUGACCAAUUUUUGCCUGAGAGAUUUCUUGCUGAAGGGGAGAAACAACCAGAAAUUGGUAAUUACAAAUUCAUGCCAUUUUCCAAUGGACCUCGCAACUGCAUUGGUCGGAGGUUUUCAAUGAUGGAGAUGAAGGUUGUAUUAGCAAAGUUGUUGACAACAUUCAAGUUUGAGCUGGAUCCAGGGCAAGAAGAAAUUGGUACCAAACUGGUGCUUACGUUGAAGCCUGAUCCUCAACCUAUUUUAAGAAUUUCCCUCAUUGACUAAAAAGAGAUUUUGUAUAAACAACUAAGACUACCUCUUGUUAAUGACAUUCUGCUAUGUAUUCUUAUGUUUUAGCAUUAAUUACCUAUAAUGGAAAGACCUUUAACAUCUACUUUAUACAUUAAUGUCACAUAUUGAUGACGCAAAGAAAAUACAUUUAUAGUGACUUAUAUUGACUUAAUGAUUAAACCUUGAAUGUUUUUCAUUAAGAUGCUUGAACUGAAAAUUAAUUGGAAAUAAAUCUUAUCUGCCAUUCUGUGACUCGCAGACUUAAGAACACACAAGGUAAAUGUAAAUAAAAGAAGAAGACAAAACUAAAAGCCAAGAAAAUGUGGAUAUCACUAUAAUCUCCACAAAAGGUAUAUAUAAAACAAAAAUGCUGUAAAUGUAUCAAUGAAUUUUGUGCUCUUCUAAACUUCAAUUUAUAAACAAUAUUAACAGUCAAGGAAGUUGGCAGCCAUUAGAAGCUCAAGAGCAAUCGGUGCUUCAAUUGGGAAUUCAGGUAUUUCUGUACUACUGUUUGUGUAACGUACUUUAUAUGUGAAGUACGUGCAGACCUUUUCCAAUAUGUGUGACCUACAAUGAAACAAAAGCAAUGCAAGAUUAGAAAAACAAACCUCAAAAAAACCUGGAAGGGAGAGGAAUAACAUAGGAACAGAGAGGGACAUCCCACAAACAGGUAAGACUGACUUGAAAACAUUUGAAAAAUGAACUUGAUAUCAAUGAACAGACCAAAGCUUGAUGGUAACAUCCUAACAAAGGAACGGUCACAAAUUGUUGGACGCUAUUGUGACAAUUGUAACAACAAAGGGAAAUUGAUUGGAGACAAUCUAUUUUCUAGACCCAGGCACAGCAAAUAAAUACCAGGUACAACCAAAUAAAACAAAUAAUUAUAAACUGAUGGUGCUGGCUGCCAUUUUCAAGAACUUACUAGUGAAGUACAUAACAGCUAAGGUAGAGGGAAGAAAAUUCAGGAAAGCUAAGCUUCACCUGACAAUGAUGAUGUUGAGAUCAAAGCUGAGUUUCAGGUUUUUGGAUGGAAAUUGAGAAUUAUGAGAUUUGAGGAAAGCACACUGAAUUUCCUAAGUUAUCUUGCAGAUUUAAGUUCUCUCUAAAUAUGAAAUAUUUACUGAAAUAUCUGCUGUUUGUGGCAAAUGUUCCACUUACAUGAAACUCCUUCACAAUUUCCAUCUCUGCAGGUCAUUGCAGGGGCAAAGACAAAUACUUUUUUCAGAGGGGUACAGAAAUGAUUUUUGCCAACGAAAAGAGCAUAGGAACUUUAACGGUGUGGACAUAAGAUGAAAAAGUUCAUAUGUUGAUUUUAUGCGUUUCUACCUAAAUUGAUUUUAUUCUGAUUUUAUCUGAUUUUAUUCUUUCGUUAGUGCCAUACUUUGAAAGUUCAACUACUACAGAAAUAUUAUUAUGUUACAAUUGUUGCAAAAAAUUUACAGGGUAAGAGAAAAAUUAUUCUUUUGCAAAGCAAAAAUUCUUUAUGUGUUGACGGACAAAGUGCCCUCUGUAUCCCAAUUUUGCAAUGUCCCUUGACCAUUUCAUUCCAGAUCAUCCCUAGUAGUUCUUACUUUUAGUAACUAAAGUACAACAGAUUAUAAAUAACAAUCAAUGUAAGUAAAUUGUACCAGAAAAUUUUUUUUAAAAUAAUUAACAUUUCUUUAAUAUUAUAUCUUUACGUUUCCAGCAUAGCCCGUUAUCAAGUAAGAUUGAAAAGCGAUGAUAGAACUAAAAAACGUUAAAGGAAUAUGGAAUUCGACAAAUGGAAUAGGAAGACGGAUAUAAGAGCAUGGAAAAGAAAUAUAUGGAAAGAGCUAAUAAAAAUAAAUAUAUAUAUACAUAUACGCAAAUACAAAAUUUAUGUAUAUGUAUAUAUAUGCACCCUAAUAUUAAAAAAUUUUUCCUGGUACAAUUAACUUACAUUGAUCGUUAUUUAAAUUCAUAAUAUUGUACCGCAUGCAUUUUAGUAUACAACAGAUUAUGCAUGCAUAAUGCAAAGUCACAUCAAUUUUCAAACCUUUCUAAUCAAAUCUAUUUCAUCUAGUAAGCCAAAAAGACCAUCAAAGAACACAUAAAGGUUUUUUCCAAACUAUCAGGCAACUUUUUCUCAAUAGAAUAAGUUUGAUCAGAAAAAAUCUACAGUGUGCUAACAUACAAAAAAUUUUAGGCAUUAAUAUCAAGCAAAAUACUUACGGAAUUUCUCGAAACCGUACUUCAUUAGUUUCAUUUUCAGAAAAUUGACCUAAAGAUAAAAAUGAAAAUGACCUGAAUUUGUUACUCAUAACCCUACUUUGAAAUUUGAAUAAAUACAUAUUUUCUUUUAUAUCAAUUUUUUUUUAUUUAACAUAUAAGAUAAUUUCCUCAGUUUAAACUAGAAAAACAGAUUAAAUAGCUUGAUCAAUCAUGACAAUGAAUGAUAAAAAGAAACAAAUUCAAAUGUUGAUUCUAGCUUGGUGAAUACACUCUUUUUUU